AUGCCGGUUCGUUUCACUGGCAGGCUGCUUCGACAGCUGGAUCUCCGGAUCAUCCCCAGUUGCAUGUCCAUUUAUACCCUCAAUUUCCUCGCCCGCGCCAAUAUUGGAAAUGCGAAAAUCCUUAAUGCCGACAGCGGUGACUCAUUGUUGGAGGUCCUUGACAUGACAAGUGGCCAGUUCUCCACUGUGCUGACAGUGUUUUUCAUUUCUUAUGCACUGUUCGAGACGCCGUCGAAUUACAUGCUCAAGCAUUUCUCUCCUCCGCAUUGGUUUGCGUUCCUCAUGGUCGGGUGGGGCGGAACGGAUAUGAUCAUCUCGUGCGUCAAGAGCUACAGUGCGCUGAUGGGACUUCGGUUUCUGCUUGGAGCAUUUGAAGCGGGGUUCUAUCCGGGAAUAAUCUACUUUCUCACCUUCUGGUACCGACCGCAAGAGCGGGCUCUCCGUCUCUCUCUUAUCGCCUCUUGUGCAUCGUUGGCUGGUGCUUUCGGAGGUAGCAUCGCGUAUGGCGUUGGUCUGAUCAAUGGCUCGAAAGGCUUGGAAGCGUGGCGAUGGUUGUUCAUCAUUGAGGGCGCGCCAUCAUGUGCACUGGCGGUGGCGGCGUACUUCUUCUUUCCGGCGUAUCCAGAGACAUCGAUUUGGCUAUCUGAAAAGGAACGGGAGCUCGCCAUCAAGCGCCUCAGAGGUGAAUCGUCUUUAGGCCAUGAGAGGAUUACGUGGGCGGAGACGAAGGACACAUUGAUGGACUGGAGGUUGUACCUUCACUACCUCGCCUUCAUCGCCGUCUGCGUUCCGUUUUCGAGCAUCUCGUAUUUCGCGCCGACCAUCGUUAACGGACUUGGAUACGAAGGACUACGUGCUCAGCUGUUCACUGUGCCACCUUUCGCCAUAGCCUUUGUCGCGACAGUUACCUGCUCGGUAUUUGCAGAUCGAUAUGAAGCAUGGUCGACGUUUGCUUGGAUCCCUAUGGUUGUUUCCGGUGCCACCUUUCUGAUACAGGGCGCACUUUCACCUACAGCGUUCAAAGCACGUUACGCCAUGUUGUGUCUCAGCACGACGUUCUCCAUGGUUUGUAAUCCAUCUCUUAUAACAUGGCUGACUGUGAAUCUUCGAAAUACCAAUGCCACGACACUCGCUAUUCCUUUGAUGGUGACGAUUGGGACGGCUGGACAGAUCACCGGUGUAUAUAUUUACAAGGGUAGUGAAGCGCCAGGAUACCCUACUGGACAUUUUACCAAUGGAGCAUUCCUAUUGGCGGGAGCCCUUGUAAUCCUCGUUCUCCGCGAGGUGUAUCGGAGACGGAACCUGAGCAUGAAACGUGGAAGUCAGCCAUGGCGUGUGUGA